AUGCGCAACCUGAAGAGCGUGCGUCUCCAGGAGACACAGAUCGAGGGCGACCUUCCCUUGACUGCGACUGCUUGGGAUACUUCAUCUGACUCGAUUGUGUGUACUUUUGGUCCGGCAGAGCACAACCCGGUCAUCGAGUUGCGGAGGAAGCGCCCCGAAGUCACUGCCGCGGAGCCUUUGACCCGCGAUGCGCUGGAAUGCAUCGCAUCUUGGGAUGCCCCAAGCCCUUUGCCCGAUCUUGCAUGCGAUCGAGUGCUUUCUCUGCACUACUUUGCAGACAACUUGACAGCGUGUCUGGUGUUGGAGGGCGGUGAUAUUAUCAUCGUCCGCGAGGAGCCCCUCCCUGGUGAGGAUAAGAUCGAGAUUCUGGGCUCCGUCGAUGUUGGAAUCACGGCUGCUGCCUGGUCUCCGGACGAAGAGCUCCUGGCUAUCACUACUAGAGCACGCACGUUCUUGUAUAUGACCCGCGAGUUCGAAAACGUCGCUGAGAUCACUUUCUCCCAGGCUGAUCUGCAAGCCUCUCAGCAUGUCUCCGUGGGAUGGGGCAAGAGGGAAACCCAAUUCCAAGGCAAGAGAGCCAAGGCUAUGCGAGACCCGACUGUACCUGAGAAGGUUGAUGAAGGCAAGCUGAGCACUAAUGACGAUGCCAGUACGACUAUUAGCUGGCGAGGUGACGGUGCCUAUGUGGCGGUGAAUACCGUUGAUGAAGGCAUUCGCCGUGUCAUUCGGGUGUACUCCCGUGAAGGUACCCUCGACAGUGUGAGCGAGCCUGUGGAUGGCCUCGAGGGAGCCUUGAGCUGGCGCCCCUACGGCAAUCUCAUUGCCGGAAUCCAACGGUUGGAGGACCGCAUUGACGUUGUCUUUUUCGAGAGAAAUGGUUUGCGCCAUGGGCAGUUUACGCUUCGUCUGACCGAAAAGGAACGCCAGUCUUGGGCAUCCCAAAUUCAGCUAUCAUGGAACAUCGAUUCAACUGUACUUGCUGUGCGGUUCAAGGACCGAGUCCAGCUCUGGACGACAGGUAAUUACCACUAUUACUUGAAGCAAGAGAUACCCAUCGACGUUGACCCUGCAUGCUCCCUCCCAUUCUCUUUUGAGUGGCACCAGGAAAAGACACUGCGUGUGGUUGCUGGGUCAUCUUACUCUGUCCUUGACGUCGACUAUGUCUUUGACAUUCACCACGGCUCCACUGCGAUUCCAGAUGAUGUUGGUGCUGUUGCGGUUAUCGAUGGAAAGACUCUGAAGCUGACUCCGCUUCGUCUGGCUGGCGUGCCGCCUCCAAUGGCACAUAACGAACUGCAGCUGGACUCAAACGUCAUCGAUGUUGCAUUUAGCAAAUCUGGUACUCGAAUGGCAGUUCUAAUGGACAAGAGCUUCUCCAUAUUCGUGUGGUCUUUGAAGAGUCGCCCAGUUCCGGUGCCGAUACUCGAGUCGAGUUAUCCUCUUUCAGAUGAACCCACCAACCGGCCCAGGCAGAUUGCAUUCCUCAAUGAAACUGAGGUGUAUAUUCUCAAGGACAGCGCUCCCGGCAUUAGCCAUAUUGUGCGCACGAAACUGGAGACCCGGGAGAGUCGUGAGGUUUAUAAAGCACAGGAGUCUGAGCAGUUGUACUCUAUUUUUGCAGGAUUCGGCCAUUCAGCUCUUUGGUUCUCACAUGCUCAACAACCGGGUCUCCCUGCCAGCUACUCCACUGUUGAUUUCGUCGCUGGUGAUGAAGUGGAAGCUAGCCUUUGGAAUGAGAGCCCUACUGUGGAAACUCACUGGGCCCGUGCUGUAUCAAUCUCCGACGAAGAGCGUAUUCUGAUUACUCUUACGCGGACUGGUGCUUUGUACGCAAACAAGCGAGUCCUUGCUAAGAACUGCACAUCCUUCUUGGUGACUCCAUCCCACCUGUUGUUUACCACGUCUCAGCAUUUGUUGAAAUUCGUGCAUUUGAAUCGCGUGGACGACAUGGAGGUCCCCGAAGAUACGCCCGAGACCGACGAGAGAUGCAGAAGCAUUGAGCGCGGAUCAAAGCUGGUGUCUGUCAUACCGUCUAUCUUCGCCGUUGUCCUACAGGCACCUCGUGGAAACAUCGAGACCAUUUUCCCACGUGCCUUGGUGUUGGCUGGUAUUCGCACAUUCAUUGACCGGAAGAACUACCGGGCUGCUUUCCUAGCGUGUCGCAGCCAAAUGGUUGAUAUGAACAUCCUUCACGACUAUGCUCCCCAGCAAUUCAUGGAAAGUGUUCAGUUGUUCAUUGAACAAGUCAAAAAGAUUGAAUUCAUUGAUGACUUCCUUUCUCGUUUGAAGGAGGAGGAUGUUUCACAAACCCUGUAUAAAGAUACUCUCAAGAUCUCCAAACAUGAGUCUGCUGUUGUUGCUCAGCCGGAUGGCCCCACGGUUCCAUCCUUGUCUCAGCUUGCCGGCAAAACCAGCAAGGUUAACGCAAUUUGCAAUGCAUUCCUUGCUGUUCUUCAAACCCGUCUCGACACAAACUUGCAAAAUCUUGUCACUGCACACGUUUGUAAGGAGCCACCUGACCUUGAGGCCGGCUUGAAGCUUGUCGCCAACCUCAGAACACAAAAUUCGGAGCAAGCACAAGAUGCAAUUGAGCAUAUGUGCUUCUUGACCGACGCUAACCGACUGUACUCCCAUGCUCUGGGUUUGUACGAUCUUGAGCUUACCCUUUUGGUGGCUCAGCAAGCACAAAUGGACCCCCGGGAGUAUCUUCCAUUCCUCCGGAAAUUGCAGAAACUGCCUGAGACUAGGCGCCAAUUCGAGAUCGACAACCAUCUCUCUCGGUUCGACAAGGCCCUGAAACACCUGUUUGCCCUGGGUGCCCAUGAGGAAAUUCGGGCCUACGUCACCCGGCAUGCUUUGUACAAGGAGGCACUGGAAAUCUACAAAUAUCAGCCUGAGCAGUUGAGGGAAAUCACGCAGAUCUAUGCAGACUACCUUCAAAACGACUCGAAGCACAAGGAUGCCGCAAUUGCUUAUGAAUCACUCGGUAUCUACGAGGAAGCAUACAAGUGCUACAAUCUCGCUCACAUGUGGCGCGAGUCGCUGUAUUGCGCCAUGAUGGCUUCUUUGCCCGAGGAAGAGCUCAUGGCCUUUAUCAACGAGCUCGCCACAACUCUGGCUGACGAGACUCGGGACUACAUAUCGGCCGCAACCAUCUAUGCAGAGCAUUUGCACGACAUUGUCACCGCUGCCCAACUGUUGUGCCGCGGCUCGAAGUUUGCCGAUGCCGCGCGCCUCCUGACCCUCCACGGCAAAAAGGAUUUGGUUGAAGAGAUCGUCGACUCCGGCCUGGCUGAGGCCAUGGGUUCUAUGACCGAUCUGUUGGCCGACUGCAAGUCCCAGCUGAACGCGCAGGUCCCACGAGUUCGUGAACUCCGGCAGCUCCGCGCCGCCGAUCCUCUCGCCUUCUUCGGAGGCGAUCCCACUGGCGGCGAGGGCGGUGUUGAUAUUCCCGAUAACGUGUCUCUUGCCCCGACCGAGGCAACAACCUUGGCUGGCCGCACCAUGUUCACUCGGUACACCGGCAAGACAUCCUCAUCCCGCGUGACGUCGCGCACGCGCCGCCGCGAGGAGCGCAAGCGUGCAAAGGGUAAGAAGGGCACUGUCUACGAGGAAGAGUACCUCGUCAACAGCAUCCGGCGACUCAUCGAGCGCGUCAACUCGACUCUGGCCGAGGCCGAGGCACUCGUAGACGCACUUCUACGCCGGGGUAUGCGCGAGCGCGCCGCUGCCGUUGAGAAGGCGCUCGCCGAUGUCGUGACAAUGUGUUCGGACUGCCGUGACGACGUUUUUGAACUCGGCCAGCCCGCGGCACCUAAAAAUGAGGAGAAUGAGGAUGGAGCGGGCUAUGAAGAGGCCAGUCUGCCGCGACCAACUGGAGGCUCGGCGGUUCUUGCGGAGAGUAUUGGAAUUACCCUCGGUGGUGCUGGGCGUAUGAAGGAGCCGCCAGUCGUGAAGGCAAUGAGCAAGUCCUCGCUUCUAGUGUAG